UGCACACUCAGUAGUCAGCUGAACUCAUCACAGCCAGAUUGUAAUAUGAUCUACUUGUAGAGUAAUACAAUGAAGUGUUACAUGCUUGUAAUUGUGCUUGCUUUGUUCCUCUUGAAAGAGGAUGUUUUUGCCUACAAUCGAGUAAAACGCGAUUAUUCAUCAAACAGCUAUGAUCUGGACGGAUCGGCAAUCACACAAACCUUUAGAUCUGCAAGGGAAAUUUCAAGCACAGCAGAUGAAGGAACUCAUACCUGCAGUAUAUGGGGUCAAGGGGCAAUCAGGACCUACACCGAUGAAUUUUAUCAUUUUACAUCAACAUGCAAUUAUAUUCUGAGUCGCCAGUGCCUUGGUGGCACAGAAGAUUUUAAUGUGGAGAUUCGUCAUGGUUCACAAGGCAACUUGGAGCAUAUUUUCAUGAAAAUCGAAGGUGAUAUGAUCGUUGUGGCAAAUGAUACAAUCAAGGUUAACAACAAACUAGCUUCUUUGCCAUAUGAUGACAAAGUAAUUAAUAUUCAGCAAUUCGGAGUUCAUGUACGCUUUAGAAACAGGAAGCAUACUAUAUCUCUGCUCUGGAAUUACAAAGAUGCAUUGUUGAUAACCGUUGAUGCUCAAUACAAAGGACUAUUAUGUGGCCUCUGUGGACCAUUUGAUGGAAGUAUCUCAACAACUUAUGAUUUGGAUUUUACCCGACAGUGCAAAUUGGAUACUUGGAAUAAGGCUUGCACCACCACCUUCUCAGAAGAAACUGGGUGUGCAUCAGCCCAAAUCUGUUCAAGAAUCUCAGAGCUUUUCGCAGUGUGCUCUUCUGCUGCCAUCAACAAAAAAUUUGUGGAGAUGUGUCUGAAGGAUGUUUGUGCUUGUAAAGAAGCAGAGAACUGCCAUUGUGCCAGCUUUCAUGAAGCAUCACAACAGUGUGUGCAUGUAGAUCCAUUAACAUGGAACACAUGGAGGGACAUUGUCCCCUGCACACAGCCCACAUGUCCAGGGAAUCAGGUUUACCGAGAUUGUGCUCCUGCUUGUAUGUCAACCUGCACCGAUCCAAAUUCUCAACAGCAAUGUGAUCAGUGUGUGAAUACAUGUACUUGUCCAAAAGGUACUGUCCUUGAUAACAUUAGAGGUGGUGACACAUGCAUCAGCUGGAUGGAUUGUCCUUGUGAAUAUGGUGGAAAAAUUUAUAAUUCUGGAGAAACACUAAAUUCCUUCUGCCGAUCGUGCACCUGCCAAGGUGGAAUAUGGAACUGUACCAAUCUCAACUGCCCUAAAGUAUGCAAAAUUGAAGAAGGAACUCAUAUCACAACAUUUGAUGGCAUACGCUAUAACUUGAUUGGAGAUUGCUCGUACUAUGCAAUUGUUACAAAAGACUGGUCAGUGAAAAUUGAAAUGCAUCCAUGCCAAACAGCAUACAGACAGACAUGUUUACAACGAGUUACAUACAUAAAAUAUCAGAACUCCUACUCAAUCAAUAAUCAAGGCAUCAUUCAACAUAAUGGGAAUGUAAUGGGAAUGCCUCUAGGAGAUGGUGAAAUAAUGAUAUUUCAACAGUCAUCGCAGUACAUUCAAGUGCACACAAAAUCUGGGCUGACGAUGCAGAUACUGAUAUCUCCCAUCAUGCAGCUUUACAUGUCACUGCCCAAAAGUGCACAAGGAACCACAAAAGGUUUGUGUGGCACCUUCAAUGACAAUGCAGAUGACGACUUUCUAUCUGCACAGGGCAUUCAGGAGUACACAUACGUUGCUUUCAGUGAUUCGUGGAAAGUCAAUGAAGAAUGUCCCUCACCAAAAGUGAAUCCUACCUGUGUUAGCUCUGAAAAUGAAAAUUAUGCCAGAGAACAAUGUGCGUAUAUAAAAGACCCAACAGGGGCUUUUUCCAAGUGCCAUUCUACAGUGGAGUUUAAUAAGUAUUAUGAAAUGUGUAAAACUGCCUCAUGUAACUGUGGAAAGAUCGAUGACUGUGUGUGUGCUGCAAUGGAAGCGUAUGUUCGCGCUUGUGCUGCAAAGGGCAUCAUCGUUAUGAACUGGAGAAGAUCAAUUUGUUCAAUAACUUGCCCCAGCACACAAGUUUACCACUACAAUAUGAGAGCCUGUAAUCGUACCUGUGAAUUUCUGUCAAAGCCUGAUUUCACAUGUGAGUUUCAAGACGUUCCAGUUGCUGGUUGUGGCUGCCCUGAGGGAAUGUACAUGAAUGACAAAGCAACAUGUGUGACCAAAUCAGAAUGCCCUUGUUACGUUAAUGGAUUGAUUAUACAAGGAGGUCAGGCCCUUUCACUUAAUGGAAUGACUUGUUUCUGUGACAAUGGAGUUCCUUCCUGCCCUGAAGAUAAUGGCCUGCCCACUUCACAAGAUUGCCAAGAUAAACAAUUUUCGGACUGUACCAAUGCCAGUUUAUGUAAGAGGACAUGCGAAACUCUAAACAAACCAUGUCCAGACCCAUGUGUCCCUGGCUGUGUCUGCCCUGAUGGUUUGGUGGAGGAUUCCAGUGGAAGAUGCAUUGCACCAUCCCAGUGUCCAUGUCGAUUUGAAGGUGAAACCUUUGGUUCUGGAGAAACAAUCAAAAGUGAUUGCAAUAAAUGCACAUGCAAUGGUGGACAAUGGGAAUGCACUGAUGAUCCAUGUCCAAAGACCUGCCUCGUUUAUGGAGAUGGGCACUACAUAACAUUUGAUGGCAAACGAUACAGCUUUGAUGGCAAUUGUGAAUAUAUCUUUGUUGAGGACCAAUGUCUACGAGAGAUUGGCACAUUCCAAAUACUGACAGAGAGUGUUCCCUGUUGUGAAAAUGGAGUGACAUGUUCAAGAAAUAUCAGAAUCUUGUUUGAGGGUAAAGAACUCAUUCUAUUGAGAGGAGGUGGAGUAAGUGAAGUGUCUCUUGGCCAUAACCAGUGCAUAGAUAAUUCAUAUACAAUUCACACAGUUGGACUCUACUUAGUCCUGACAUUUUCCAAUGGGAUCACUGUGAUAUGGGACAAACGUACAAGAUUUUCAAUCACACUGGACCCAAAAUGGAAGAAUAAAGUUUGUGGCCUUUGUGGAAAUUUCAACGAUGACCUUGAAGAUGACUUAACAACAAAAGGGAACUCCUUGGUGACCAGCUUUGUGGAAUUUGGGAACAGUUGGAAGUCGAUGCAGCAUUGCUCUAAUACAGUAAAUCAAACAUUUCCAUGUGAUAACAAUCCUUAUUGUUUAGCAUGGGCUCAGAAGAGGUGCAACUUGAUUAAUAGCCCAGUCUUUCAAGCAUGCCACAAAAGGGUUGAUCCAAUUCCAUUUUAUGAUGCUUGCGUCCAAGAAGCUUGUGCCUGUGAUAUGGAAGGAAAAUAUCUUGGUUUCUGCACUGCUGUUGCUGUGUACGCAGAGGCUUGUAACAAAGCUAAUGUUUGUAUUCGCUGGAGAACCCCUGAACUUUGUCCUGUGUACUGUGACUAUUACAACACUCCUGGUGAAUGCAGUUGGCACUAUCAGCCAUGUGGAACCAUAACAACAAGAACGUGCUCAGGCCAUUUCGUUGGGAAGAAGUAUUCUGCAGUUCUUGAAGGUUGCUAUGCCAAAUGCCCAGAGAGUGCUCCUUAUUUGGAUGAAAAUACUAUGAAGUGUGUUACAUUACCUCAGUGCACAUGCUAUUAUGAUGGAAGAAUAUUGCAACCUGGCGAAACAACAAUGAAUGGUUGUGAAGAAUGUAUGUGCAAAGAAGGAGUCACAUCGUGCCAACCCGUAACUACCACAACUGUUGCAUCAACAACAAUAUUCAGCUCAACAUCAACAACAACAAUUUCUUCAACAACCAGCCCAGAAGAAACAACAUCAACAACUCUUACAACAGAAUCUACUUCCAGUUCCACAUCAGAAACAACAUCAACAACCGAGACUACUACCACAACAGAAACAACACCAACGACAUCAGCAACUGCGACCACAAACAGUACCAAAUCAGAAACAACACCAUCUACAUCAACAACUCCCACAAGUGUGUCCACCACCAGUUCUACAACAGAAACAACACCAACGACUUCAGCAACUGCGACCACAACCAGUACCACAUCAGAAACAACACCAUCCACAUCAACAACUCCCACAAGUGCGUCCACCACCAGUUCUACAACAGGAACAACACAGACGACAUCAGCAACUGUGACCACAACCAGUACCACAUCAGAAACAACACCAUCCACAUCAACAACUCCCACAAGUGUGUCCACCACCAGUUCUACAACAGAAACAACACCAACGACAUCAGCAAGUGUGACCACAACCAGUAUCACAUCAGAAACAACAUCAUCCACAUCAACAACUCCCACAAGUGUGUCCACCACCAGUUCUACAACAGAAACACCACCAACGACAUCAGCAACUGCGACCACAACCAGUACCACAUCAGAAACAACACCAUCCACAUCAACAACUCCCACAAGUGUGUCCACCACCAGUUCUACAACAGGAACAACACAAACGACAUCAGCAACUGCGACCACAACCAGUACCACAUCAGAAACAACACCAUCCACAUCAACAACUCCCACAAGUGCGUCCACCACCAGUUCUACAACAGGAACAACACAGACGACAUCAGCAACUGUGACCACAACCAGUACCACAUCAGAAACAACACCAUCCACAUCAACAACUCCCACAAGUGUGUCCACCACCAGUUCUACAACAGAAACAACACCAACGACAUCAGCAAGUGUGACCACAACCAGUAUCACAUCAGAAACAACAUCAUCCACAUCAACAACUCCCACAAGUGUGUCCACCACCAGUUCUACAACAGAAACACCACCAACGACAUCAGCAACUGCGACCACAACCAGUACCACAUCAGAAACAACACCAUCCACAUCAACAACUCCCACAAGUGUGUCCACCACCAGUUCUACAACAGGAACAACACAAACGACAUCAGCAACUGCGACCACAACCAGUACCACAUCAGAAACAACACCAUCCACAUCAACAACUCCCACAAGUGCGUCCACCACCAGUUCUACAACAGGAACAACACAGACGACAUCAGCAACUGUGACCACAACCAGUACCACAUCAGAAACAACACCAUCCACAUCAACAACUCCCACAAGUGCGUCCACCACCAGUUCUACAACAGGAACAACACAGACGACAUCAGCAACUGUGACCACAACCAGUACCACAUCAGAAACAACACCAUCCACAUCAACAACUCCCACAAGUGUGUCCACCACCAGUUCUACAACAGAAACACCACCAACGACAUCAGCAACUGCGACCACAACCAGUACCACAUCAGAAACAACACCAUCCACAUCAACAACUCCCACAAGUGUGUCCACCACCAGUUCUACAACAGGAACAACACAAACGACAUCAGCAACUGCGACCACAACCAGUACCACAUCAGAAACAACACCAUCCACAUCAACAACUCCCACAAGUGCGUCCACCACCAGUUCUACAACAGGAACAACACAGACGACAUCAGCAACUGUGACCACAACCAGUACCACAUCAGAAACAACACCAUCCACAUCAACAACUCCCACAAGUGUGUCCACCACCAGUUCUACAACAGAAACACCACCAACGACAUCAGCAACUGCGACCACAACCAGUACCACAUCAGAAACAACACCAUCCACAUCAACAACUCCCACAAGUGUGUCCACCACCAGUUCUACAACAGGAACAACACAAACGACAUCAGCAACUGCGACCACAACCAGUACCACAUCAGAAACAACACCAUCCACAUCAACAACUCCCACAAGUGCGUCCACCACCAGUUCUACAACAGGAACAACACAGACGACAUCAGCAACUGUGACCACAACCAGUACCACAUCAGAAACAACACCAUCCACAUCAACAACUCCCACAAGUGUGUCCACCACCAGUUCUACAACAGAAACACCACCAACGACAUCAGCAACUGCGACCACAACCAGUACCACAUCAGGAACAACAUCAUCAACAACUGGAACAACUGAAUCCACCAGCAGUUCCACAACAGAAAUAACAUCAACAACCGAGACCACCACCACUACCACAACAGAAACAACAUCAUCCACAUCAACAACUCCCACAAGUGUGUCCACCACCAGUUCUACAACAGAAACAACACCAACGACAUCAGCAACUGCGACCACAACCAGUACCACAUCAGUAGAAACAACACCACCGACAUCAGCAACUGUGACCACAACCAGUACCACAUCAGGAACAACAUCAUCAACAACUGGAACGAUUGAAUCCACCAGCAGUUCCACAACAGUAACAAGAUCCACAACCGAGACCACUACCACUACCACAACAGAAACAACACCAACCACUCAACAACUCCUACAAGUGUGUCCUCCACCACUUCUUCAACAGGGACAACUGCAACAACAUCAACAACCGAGGCCUCUACCAGUACCAGAACAGAAACAACACCGACAACAUCGACAACUCCCACAACUGAGUCCUCCACCCGUUCUACAACAGAGCCCCACUGUUUUGGUGUAUGGUCUUCCUGGUUUAAUGAGAAUACGCCAUCUUUGCUGAACCCAAGUGAUACUGAGUUGUUGGCCCCAAUACGUAUGAGACUAUGCCCCUCUCUUUCUGAUGAAAUUAGUAACAUUCAAUGUCAAUUUUCCAAUGAAACUUAUUGGCCACUAAGUUUAUCAUCAGAUGUAGUGACGUGUGAUAAA